AUGCAUUUCUCUACUGUGUUUGCUGUUGCGGCUGCUGCCUUCCUCCCUGCUGCCGUUGUGGCGCAAACGACAGGAGCCAACCAUCAAAUUAUCGUCGGCUUGAACGGAACCCUCACAUACACACCGGCUAAUAUCACAGCGACUGUCGGUGACAGUGUUACAUUCGUUUUUGCCCAUGGGAACCAUACUGUCACACAGUCUACAUUUGCUGCACCCUGCGUCUAUACGCAGAACGCAACUGCAGGAACUGUUGGAUUCCAAUCCGGAUUUCAACCCAUCGCUUCCAAUCAAAGCCUCGUUCCAAGUGUUACCAUGCUUGUCAACACGACCGCACCGAUCUGGUUCUACUGCCAACAGGCCAAUCACUGCCAGCAGGGUAUGGUUGGUGCCAUCAAUGCGGUCGAAGGAAGCGCCAAGAGCUACGACGCGUUCAAGGCACUCGCGAUGUCUGGUGGUACUGGCACAUCUGCCAGCGGGGGUUCGAGCGCAAGUAGCGCGCCAACCUCUGCUCCCUCUCAGAGCACAACGAGUGGAAGCAUGGUAAAAGCUGUCUGCAACGCAGGAGUCAUGCUCGCUGCAGUCGGCGCCAUGGUUGCUGUCCUCCUGUAA